AUGGGUAUUUUUCUUGCUAAACCCCUUCCAAAAUCUUGUUCAAUUUCACCAUGUGGUAAACAAGAACAGCAAGAGAAUCACAUGAAUUCACUGUCAAGGGUGUCUUUAAUAUCCGAAACCUUAGACACGGCUCAAACGGAUACUUCAUGGCAACCUUCCGUUAAAUCCUCUACUCUGAAACAGUUAACAGAGGAGAGGAUUAACAGAGGCGAUCAGCCGGAGGCGUCUGAUCUCGAUGAGUGUCGGCCAAGUAUUUCAUCGCGGGUAGGAUGGAUACCGGCUGGACUUGCUAACCUUGGUAACACAUGCUUUCUCAAUUCAAUCAUGCAAUGCUUCAAUCAUACAGUGCCUCUAGUCGAAGGUCUUUUUUCGUGCAGCCAUGCUUGUAAUGAUGGUCACAAUGGAUAUUGUGUUAUCUGCGCUUUCCGCUACCAGAUGCAACGUUCCUUGCGUUAUACUGGAAGAGUUAUCUCCCCUAUGAUCAUUGUGGAAAAUUUGAAUCACUUUUCUUCGAUGUUUCGAAGAUAUCAACAAGAGGAUGCCCAUGAGUUUAUGCAAUGUGUAUUAGAUAAACUUGAUUUAUGUUUUUUAGAUUUGAAGAAGAAUGAUCCAAAAUUUGAGGGCGAUAAUAUCGUAAAGAAAGUUUUUGGAGGUAGUUUGGUUAGCAAGCUUCGGUGUUGUAACUGUGGCUGCACGUCUGACAUUAAUGAGCCAUUGAUUGAUUUCAGUCUAGAAAUAGAAAAUGUAGAUACUCUUUCAAGUGCUUUAGAAUCUUUCACUAUGGUGGAACACAUUGACGCGAAGUUUAAAUGCGAGGGCUGCAACGAAGAAGUGUCUAUGGAGAAACAACUUAUGUUGGAUCAGACACCUUCGAUUGCUGCCUUCCACUUGAAGAGGUUUAAGACAGAUGGGGUUUUUGUUGAAAAGAUUGACAAGCAUAUCGAUUUCCAGUUGCAAUUGGACAUGCAGCCUUACACCAUUUCGAAUGAUGCAUCGUCUAAAUACUAUCUAUAUGCAGUUGUUGUCCAUACUGGAAUUUCAUCUACUUCAGGGCAUUAUUUCUGCUUCGUUCGCACUGCUCCGGAUACGUGGCAUAAAUUGGAUGACUCAAUGGUUACUAAGGUAUCUGAAGAGACUGUGCUGUCUCAGGAAGCAUACAUAUUGUUUUAUGCUCGACAAGGUACACCGUGGUUUUCAAAUUUUGCAGAAUCUACAAUUCCAAGCUUGAAUCUGAGUCGGAUGAAUACGUCCCCCAAGUCUGUUUUAGACAUAACUUAUGGCCAGGAUAAAUCAAUUUCAAUUUUAGAGCGUGAAAAUUUUGAAAGGAACGGGGCUGGUGAAUCUGGAGAAUCUUAUGAGAAGAAGUUUGAUUAUUCUUGUCCACAAAGCCGCAAGUUUCUUGAUAUAUUUCCUCGCCGUGAACAAUUUCCUGUCCGGCCAUCUAAUCGGAAAACUCCUAAUCAGAAAAUCCGAGUGCAGCAUUGGAAUUCUACCAGCUUAGCCUAUAUUGCAAAGCGUUGUAGAAGUUCGUAUGCUAAGAAUGUUGCUUCUGAUGGAAACAAACGCAGUUCGGAAAUUUAUGAUUUCACAGAGAAGGAUGAUUUCAAUCCUUUAACUACUUCCAACUCUCCUCCUUCUCAAACUCCGGAUAAGAGGUUCCAGAUUUCACGCGAUCAUACGAAGACAGAGAAGCAACGGAGUAGCAGUAAAAGAUCUUCCUAUUAUAAGUCAAAUGACAAUCCUCAAAAUAAAGCUGACAUUGCAUAUCUUAAGAAUAUGAAUGGUUCAAGAAGAGGUCGAUUUUUGGACUUAAUCGGUGCAUCCCCAGAAAACAAGAGAAAGAUGGAUUCGUCGCAGUCUGACAAAGGCAGCGACAGUGCUCCCAAGAAAUCAAGAUGGAAUUUUACUUUUAGUCUUAGCUUAACCAUUUUGAUUCUAUGUCUAAUUCUUUGCAUCAUUGAUGAAAUCUGUUGGAAGUAA